AUGUUUACAAUUCUGUGGAUUCUAAUUGUGGGCCUGACCAAAAUUCGGGCCGCGGACUACAUAUUGCUGAUUGAGGAUUCUGAUUUUUAUACUCCGUGCACCGAAGGACCUCCAGGAUCAAUUGGCAUGAACGAAGCCUACGAUGUGAGCGAACUGGUAGUGGAUAUGGACGAGGAAGGACUUCACGUUUCUGGGAACAUUACAACCCUCUGGGAUUUCCCACGCACCGAUCGAAUUUCCGCCAGGCUAAAUGUGCUACGCUUCAAUCGCGGCAGCUGGGAACCGACAUUAUAUUCCGUUCAUACGCCAGAUUUUUGCGCCGUUAUGUUCGACCCAAAUCUAUUCUGGUACAACUGUUGGUUUAAAAACUUAGCAAAUCGCGAGGAAAUACAAGAGAAGUGCAUCGCAACGAAGGGUACCGUUAUGCAGUAUAAUUCGUUUAUUGUCACGCCCAGGCUGAAUAAUGUGAUGGUGGGGCCUACUAUCAAGAGACGCUUCAAAUUGGUAUUUACUUUCGAAGCAUUUGACGAAAAUAACCAACGGCGACCGACAUCCGUGUGUUUCGAGCUGACAGGCGAAGCCGAGAAAGUAAGGACGUAAUCUUAUUUA